AUGACUGUUAUUUUUUACAUGGUCUUCUAUUUGUUUAACGGACUGAGUAUAACAUGUGGGCUUCAUCGGCUAUUCGCACAUAAAUCCUACAAAGCCAAGACUCCCCUUAGAAUAUUUCUUGUCCUAAUCUUCACCACGGUUGGCCAGAAUUCGGUUUACCAAUGGGUUCGCGAUCACCGUCUACAUCACAAACAUAGCGACACAGAAGCAGACCCACACAAUGCUAGACGUGGUUUAUUCUUCUCACACAUUGGUUGGUUGCUAUUGGUUAAAAAUGACGAAGUUAAAAAAGAAGGCAAGAAAAUUGACAUGAGUGAUCUUGAGCAGGAUAAAUUCAUAAUGUUUUUUCACAGGCAUGCAGCUGUGCUUACUGUGCUCUUUUCUUUCGUCUUACCACCUAUGGUUGGAAUAAUAUUAUGGGAAGAAAACUGGAAAUGUGCAGUUGCUUGGCUGGUAUUCAUGAGAUGCCUCUUUGUACUUCACGGUUCAUUAACAGUCAACAGUAUUGCUCAUGCAUAUGGAUAUACACCUUAUAACAAGAACAUUCUACCUAAACAAAAUAAGUUAAUAGCGGCCAUUACCAAUGGUGAAGGCUGGCACAACUACCAUCACACAUUCCCGUUCGACUACAAAGCAGCUGAGUUCUGUGACUAUUUUAACAUUUCGGCUGCUGUCAUCAGAUUGUGGGCCAGAAUGGGAUGGGCUUACGACCUUAAGGAGACUACUCCUGAAAUGGUAAAGGCAGUUUGUCACAGAUUAGGGGAAGGCGUACAGAGGACUGUUAAUUAA